AUGGUCGUGAGGACUUCUUCUAAACGAAUCGUCCGGAUACUGCUCGUCGGGGACAGGGGCGUAGGCAAAACGUCCCUCAUACUGUCGCUAGUCAGCGAGGAAUUCCCCGAAAACGUGCCCAACAAGGCCGAGGAAAUCACCAUACCCGCCGACGUUACACCGGAACAGGUCCCCACGAACAUCGUGGACUUUUCGUUGGCCGAACAAACGGAAACCGAACUGGACGAACAAAUAAGAAAGGCCAGCGUAGUGUGCAUCGUGUAUUCGGUGGACGAUGAAGAGUCCAUCGAAAGGAUAUCGUCCUAUUGGAUGCCUUUAAUUAGACGAAAUCACCCGGACUCCACCUGCCCCGUCGUCCUGGUGGGCAACAAGAUCGAUCUCAUCGAAUAUUCCACAAUCGAUAACACGUUCGAAAUAAUGGAGGAGUUCUCGGAGAUCGAAACUUGUAUCGAAUGUUCCGCCAAAACUCUCAAGAAUAUAUCAGAGAUGUUCUACUACGCGCAGAAGGCCGUGCUGCAUCCCACCGCACCGAUUUACUCAGUCGAAAAGGCCGACUUAACGGACGCCUGCAAGACGGCGUUGGCGCGAAUAUUCAAAAUAUGCGACGUGGAUUGCGACGGGCUGCUCGACGACAUCGAACUGAACAAUUUCCAAAGCCGCUGCUUCCAAGCGCCCCUCCAGCCGCAGGUCAUCGACGACGUCAAGGCGGUGCUGCGCAAGAACAUAGACGAAGGCAUCCGCAGGAACUGCGUCACCUUGAAGGGGUUCCUCUACCUGCACAGCCUGUUUGUGCAGCGCGGCAGGAACGAGACCACGUGGACGGUGCUCAGGAAGUUCGGCUACAACGAUCACCUGAACAUGUCCAAGGAUUACUUGUGUCCCAGUUUGAAAGUGUUGCCCGGUUGUACGACGGAGUUAUCGUACAGAGGCCAGCAGUUUCUCGCCCAUUUGUUCGAGCGGUACGACAAAGACAGGGACAAGUGUCUGUCGCCGGAGGAGUACGAGGAGUUGUUUUCGACGUGUCCGACGCCCGCUUGGCCCCUCGACGUCUCCUCCACGGUAUCGACCAACGACAAAGGCUGGAUCACCUAUCAGGGUUUUAUGUGCAAAUGGGCGUUGAUGACGCUCACGGAUCUGGCGAGGACCUUCGAAUAUUUGGCUUAUUUGGGGUACAACGUGUACGAGAACGAUAGCCAAGUGACGGCCGUACAAGUUACGAGAGAUAAGAAGACGGAUUUGGCGAAGAGACAAUCCAGUAGGAACGUGUAUCAAUGUCACGUGAUAGGCGCGCCGGGUUCUGGAAAAUCGACGUUUUGUAGGAAUUUCAUUAAGCCGAUUUUAGAGGCGAAUAAAUUGCAAUCGGAUAAAACCGGCACGCCGAUUUACACUGUGAAUUCCAUUCAAGUGUACGGGCAGGAGAAAAUAAUGGUGUUUAGGGAUAUAAAAGGGAAGAGUAUAUCCGAUCCGUUGAUGCCCAACGAGGUACAAUGCGACGUGGCUUGUUUGAUAUUCGAUCAGAACAAUCCGGUAUCGUUCGAAUACAUCGCUAGGAUAUACAUCAAAUAUUUCGCUGAAAGUAAGAUACCAGUGUUGAUAGUUGCGUGUAAGGACGAUUUGGACGAGGUGAAGCAAGAGUACAUACUUCAACCGGAGAGUUUUUGUCAAAAGUACAAAAUCCUGCCGCCGCAGAAAUUCUCAGCAAAAGGCCACCACAGGAAGGACGUGUACGUUAAACUGGCAACCAUGGCAGCUUUUCCUCGUUUUCAAGCCGCUUGGGUUUUAUUCUACAAACACAGUCCAUUACGUCGCAUGGUACAUGCGUUACUAGUUCGUCCCCAACCGACUGAGUGGUUAGAUCAUUUUUGCAGGAAUUUCCGCGAAUUCGGCGUGCUGGCAGCUGGGACGCCGGUUUGGUGGAAGGCGGGCGUCAGUUUGGCCGCCGUCACGGCGCUAGGAUUCCUCUUGGCGAAAGUUUUACAUACCGCCGAUAAAACGAGAUAA